AUGGAUGAUGCUGCCAUCCUCAAGCGACGAGGCUAUAUCAUGGGGAUAAAUUUGGGAGAGGGCUCAUACGCAAAAGUCAAAUCUGCUUACUCUGAGCGCCUAAAGUUCAACGUGGCGGUCAAGAUCAUCGACCGCAAGAAAGCCCCUGUGGACUUCUUGGAGAAAUUCCUUCCCCGGGAAAUUGAGGUCCUGACCAUGCUAAAUCACCGCUCCAUUGUCAAGACCUAUGAGAUCUUUGAGACAUCAGACGGCAAGGUCUAUAUUAUCAUGGAGCUUGGGGUCCAGGGUGACCUCCUUGAGUUCAUCAAAACCCGGGGAGCCCUGCAUGAAGACGAUGCUCGCAAGAAGUUCCACCAGCUCUCCUCGGCCAUCAAGUACUGCCACGACCUGGACAUUGUGCACCGAGACCUCAAGUGCGAGAACCUUCUCCUUGACAAGGACUUCAACAUCAAACUGUCUGACUUCGGCUUCUCCAAGCGCUGCCUGCGGGAUGACAGUGGCCGACUGACACUGAGCAGGACCUUCUGUGGGUCGGCAGCUUACGCAGCCCCUGAGGUCCUGCAGGGCAUCCCCUACCAACCCAAGAUCUAUGACAUCUGGAGCCUGGGUGUGAUCCUCUACAUCAUGGUCUGUGGCUCCAUGCCCUACGAUGACUCCAAUAUCAAGAAGAUGCUGCGCAUCCAGAAAGAGCACCGUGUCAACUUCCCUCGCUUCAAGAACCUAUCGAGUGAGUGCAAGGACCUCAUCUACCGCAUGCUACAGCCAGAUGUCAACCGGCGGCUGCACAUCGAUGAGAUCCUCAGCCACUGCUGGGUGCAGCCCAGGCCCCGGGGCCUGUUCUCUGCAGUCAUCAGCAAUGAGGGGGAGAGUUCCCGGGGCACUGAGCCCUCAUUCACCCCUGAGCCUGGUUCUGACAAGAAGUCUGUCACCAAGCUGGAGACUCAGGAGGAAGCCCAGCCUGAGGUGACGCCAGAGUCAAAACCUAAAGAGGAGAUUCCACAAGAGCAGGUGUCAGAUCAGUUGGAGACCAUGACCACGAGUCCUGCCCUCACAGAGGAGCAGCCGGACAGGGAGACAGUGGAAGGGGGCUCUCCGAAGCCUCCAGAGAUACACACCUAG